AUGGCUAGCUCAGUGGUCAUGAAAAUAGCUUGCAUGGCGAUUAUGUGCAUGAUGGUUAUGGGUGCACCACUACUAACCCAUGCUGAUAUCACUUGUCUCAAGGUGGAAAACACUGUGAUACCAUGCAGUGAGUACGUCACGGGAAAUGGUGGUGUUGUCCCUCAACCAUGUUGCACUGCGGUUAGGACCCUAAACGACGAAGCCAAGACCACACUUGAUCGUCAAGACAUUUGUUGGUGCAUCAGAAACGUUGCUCAGAACCUGCGAGGACUCAAUCUUAGUACUUUUGCUGCCCUCCCUGCCAAUUGUGGGAUUCAUUUGCCCUUCAAGCUCAGCCCCUCCACUGAUUGCAAUAAGUAUAUGCAUACACCAUAUUAA